AAUAUAUAGAUCAUCACAUAUCUCAUCAAGAUAGCUGUUAUCAUCUCAAACAAGAUAGUUGCUAGCUAUUGAGCUACUGUAUGCUGCUGAGAAUGAGUGUCCUUGUAUUGUGUAUGAGCUGCCUAUGUCUAUGGCUGGGGAAGCUCAGUGUACUGGUGUCUGCAGACUAUGUGGUACAAGUGGAGAUGGUCUCCUACAGUCAUCCAUCCAAUACACGCUCUAGUGGUCAAUGUUGUGAUUCAAGAAGUCGUGAAGAAUGUAGCGGAGAGGAGCGCUGUGACACCUACUUCAUCUACUGCCUGAUGCAACGUGCCAGUACUGAUAGAAGAUGUCCCAAUAAUGAAGCCCGAGAUACUCUAGUCAGUAGCGUUAUCCUUGAUGGGGCAGACAUUGAAUUCUCACAACGUAAUGUAUUUGGACUCCCUAAUCCAUUCAAUCUGACUGGAAUAUUGACAGCCUGGGAGGGAGCUCAACUUUACAUACAAGUGAGUGAUUCUGAUAGCAGAUCAGAUAAUCUUAUUGCAAGAUAUCGAUUUGACCUUAGUCUUUCAAUGGAAUCGACAGAGUUAUUUUCUGCCUCAUCAAGUACCGAGGCAGUUAUCACUCUGAGGGCUACUGUGCUGUGUGCUCCAUUCUACUCAGGAAGCAAUUGUGACAUCUUCAAUCACUGUGAGUCUAAUGCUGUCACAUGCAGUGACCGAGGAUUGUGUACAAACGACCUUGAUUUUUACACGUGUGUCUGCAAUGUUGGCUACACUGGUACUGAUUGUGAGGUGGAUAUUGAUGAUUGUGAGGGGCAGAGCUGCAGUGGAAAUGGUGACUGUAUGGAUGAGGUCAACUCUUACACCUGUGUCUGCAAUGCUGGCUACACUGGUGCUGAUUGUGAGGAUGAUAUUGAUGAUUGUGAGGGGCAGAGCUGCAGUGAAAAUAGUGUUUGUAUGGAUAAUGUCAACUCUUUCACCUGUGUCUGCAAUGCUGGCUAUACUGGUGCUGAUUGUGAGGUGGAUAUUGAUGAGUGCUUGCUAAUGGAGAGGGUAUGCAGUGGUCAUGGUAACUGCUCUCAUGGAAUAACCACCAUCACCUGCUCAUGUGAUCCUGGUUACACUGGAAAGAGAUGUGAGACUGAUAUUGAUGAUUGUGUGAACAUAAAAUGCAGUGGACAAGGCAACUGUACUGACAGAGUUGACGGCUUUGAUUGUGAUUGUUUCCCUGGUUACACUGAUACCAUUUGCCAGACUGACAUUGAUGAAUGUGAUGGAAUAAACUGUAGUGGAAAUGGUGGUUGUGUUGACAUGGUGAACAUGUUCCUAUGUGACUGUGAACCUGGCUACACUGGUGCUGAUUGUGAGACCAACAUUGAUGAUUGUGUGAAUAGGAACUGCAGUGGAAAUGGUGUGUGUGUGGAUGGUAUCAACUCGUUCAGUUGUGAGUGUGUGUCUGACUUCACUGGAGAGAUGUGCAACACUACACUGUCCGCAGCGUUGCGUGGUGGUGCUCCAGGGGAUCUGAUAGGAGGAAUGGUGGGAGGUCUCCUAGUGCUGAUGCUGAUACUCCUGCUCCUGAUAGUGGUCGUGGUGGUGUGUGUGCGGAGGAGAGCUCAGAGAAAGACCAUUCAAGACGCUCACUCGCAAGGAGACACCAUUUCCUACAUACCAGGAGACAACCCAGUGUAUGGGAUUCCUGAGAACAGAACAAACACCAUCACUUCAAAAACAGAAGCUGAGUUUGACAACCCAAUAUAUGGCAGCCAAGAAUCACUCAACGAUGCAGAACUGAUCAAUUCAAUUUAUGGAGAUGCAGAUUUUGAAGACGUACCUUAUAAACUGGCCCCUGCAGUAUCAGACUAUGAGACACCUAGUACCUGUGUACUCAGUGUACUGGUGUCUGCAGACUAUGUGGUACAAGUGGAGCUGGUCUCCUACAGUCAUCCAUCCAAUACCCGCUCUGAUGAUGGUCAAUGUUGUGAUCCAACCAACAAUGGUGUAGCAUGUAUGGGAGGGAACCGCUGUGACACCUACUUCAUCUACUGCCUGAUGCCACGUACCAGUACUGCUACAAGGUGUCCCAAUAUAGUUACUGAUCCCGGAUUUACUGUAGUUAGUACCUUGAUUGAUGAUGGGGAUAACAUUGAUUCCUUACAUCCUCGUGUAUUCAAUCUGACUGGAAUAACGACAGCCUGGGAGGGAGCUCAGUUUUACAUACAAGUGCUGGAUUAUGAUAACGGACCAGUUGAUGUUAUUGUAAGAUAUCGAUUUGAUUUAAGUCUCUCAGUUGGAUUCACAAACACAUUAAUGAGUACAUCAAAUACCGGGCCUUCUAUCACUCUGAGAGCUACUGUGCUAUGUGCUCCAUUCUACUCUGGAAACAGUUGUGACAUCUUCGAUCACUGUGAGUCCGGAUCCAAUGCUGUCACAUGCAGUAACCAAGGAACGUGUGUGAAUGGACUUACUAGUUUCAUUUGCAACUGUAACCCUCCCUACAUCGGUGAAAACUGUGAGCGUCAAAACUUUUGCUUUGACAGAAAUUGCAAUGGGAGAGGAACGUGUGCAAACGCCCUUGAUUCUUACACCUGUGGUUGUAAUGCUGGCUACACUGGUGCUGAUUGUGAGGAUGAUAUUGAUGAGUGCUUGCUAAUGGAGAGGGUGUGCAGUGACCAUGGUAACUGUUCUCAUGGAAUAGCCACCUUCACCUGCUCAUGUGAUCCUGGCUACACUGGGCAGAGAUGUGAGACUGACAUUGAUGAUUGUGAUGGAAUAAACUGUAAUGGAAAUGGUGGUUGUGUUGACAUGGUGAACAUGUUCCUAUGUGACUGUGAACCUGGCUACACUGGUCCUGAUUGUGAGACCAACAUUGAUGAUUGUGUGAAUAGGAACUGCAGUGGAAAUGGUGUGUGUGUGGAUGGUGUCAAUUCGUUCAGUUGUGAAUGUGAGUCUGACUUCACUGGAGAGAUGUGCAACACUACACUAUCUGCAGUGUUGCGUGGUGCUCCAGGGGAUCUGAUAGGAGGAAUGGUGGGAGGUCUCCUAGUGCUGAUGCUGAUACUCCUGCUCCUGAUAGUGGUCGUGGUGGUGUGUGUGCGGAGGAGAGCUCAGGGGAAGACCAUUCAAGACACUCACUCGCAAGUUGACAACAUUUCCUAUAUUCCAGGAGACAACCCAGUGUAUGGGAUUCCUGAGAACAGGACUAAAAGAACAAAUACAUUCACUUCAGAAACAGCAGCAGAGUUUGACAACCCGAUAUAUGGCAGCCAGGAAUCACUCAACGAUGCAGAACUGGUCAAUUCAAUUUAUGGAGAUGCAGAUUUCGAGGACGUACCUUAUGAACUGGCCCCUGCAAUAUCAGACUAUGAGACACCUAGUACCUGUGUAUGACAAUGUACAGAAACUGAGCAGUACAGCCAGCUUUUAGUUUUUAUUUAAUCAGUACUGCAGUUAGAUCAAAGCUAUCUAACUGCAGCACUCUAAGUCUUACUUGCCGUCUAUGAAUGGUAACUCAACUUUUCAAGGUAUUGUCCGGAUAUUUGUAAUAUUAAAGUACUGGAGUGUCUGUUGUAUUAGAACAACG